AUGUCUGAAGCUCCCAGAAGAAACUUUGGCGGUAGAGGUGGCCGCAGAGGUGGCCGCAAGGGCGGUCGCAGAGAAGAAGAAAAGGGUUGGACCCCCGUGACCAAGCUCGGUCGUUUGGUAAAGGCCGGCAAGAUCACCUCGAUGGAAGAGAUCUUCUUGCACUCGUUGCCCGUCAAGGAAUACCAAAUCGUCGACUUGUUGUUGCCCGACCUUAAGGACGAAGUCAUGAAGAUCAGAUCGGUGCAAAAGCAAACCAGAGCCGGUCAAAGAACCAGAAUGAAGGCUGUCGUCGUCAUCGGUGACUCCAACGGUCACAUUGGUUUGGGUAUCAAGACCGCCAAGGAAGUCGCUUCCGCCAUCAAGGCCGCCAUCAUCAUCGCCAAGUUGUCGAUCAUCCCCAUCAGAAGAGGUUACUGGGGUUCGAACUUGGGUGCCCCUCACUCGUUGCCCUGUAAGGUCACCGGUAAGUGUGGUUCGGUUCAAGUUAGAUUGAUCCCCGCCCCCAGAGGUAAGGGUAUCGUCGCCUCGCCCGCCGUCAAGAAGUUGAUGCAAUUGGCCGGUGUCGAAGAUGUGUACACCACCUCGUCGGGUUCGACCAGAACCACCGAAAACACCUUGAAGGCCGCCUUCAUUGCCAUCGGUAACACCUACGCUUUCUUGACCCCCAACUUGUGGACCGAAUCGCAAUUGGUUGCCUGCCCCUUGGAAACCUACGCCGAAGAAGCCGCCGGCUCCAAGAGAAGAUACUAA